GUGUAAAGUGAAGCUGUUGUGCAGAUCAUCCGUUCAUUCAGACCGCGUUGACCUACCGAGCUCCAAACUGCCUGACCAUGGUGGACCAAGACGAUCUGAUCCUCCCUAAAGACUUCCCGGAGCUCAAAAACGCCACGUUUCUGCGGGCAGCUCGGGGCGAAGAGGUCGACCAUGUUCCCGUGUGGUGCAUGCGGCAAGCAGGGCGCUACCUACCAGAAUUCAGGGAGUCCAGGGCAGGGAAGGACUUUUUCGAGACGUGUCGUUCUCCAGAAGCCUGCUGUGAGCUGACGCUACAGCCACUGAGACGCUUCCCGUUCGAUGCUGCUAUCAUCUUCUCAGACAUCCUGGUGGUUCCUCAGGCUUUGGGCAUGGAGGUCCAGAUGGUCGCUGGGAAGGGUCCCACGUUCCCCGAACCCCUGAAGGAGCCGGACGAUCUGCAGAGACUCGGCGCCAAAGUGGACGUGGCGUCCGAGCUCGGCUACGUGUUCAGAGCCAUCACGCUGACCCGCCACAAACUGGAGGGCAGAGUUCCUCUCAUCGGCUUCAGCGGAGCACCGUGGACUCUGAUGUCCUACAUGAUCGAGGGUGGAGGCUCCACGACCCACUCGAAGGCCAAGCGCUGGCUGUACAGACACCCCGAGGCCAGCCACACGCUCCUGAAGAGGCUCACCGACGUCAUCGUGGAGUACCUGGUGGGACAGGUGAACGCCGGAGCUCAGGCUCUGCAGGUGUUCGAAUCCCACGCCGGUUGUUUGGGUCCGACGGAGUUUAAGGAGUUCGCUCUGCCCUACCUGAGGGACAUCGGACGCCGAGUAAAGGACAGGCUGAAGGAGUCCGGACUGGAGAACGUACCAAUGAUCGUAUUUGCGAAGGACGGUCACUACGCUCUGGAGGACCUCUCCCAGUCCCAUUAUGAGGUGGUGGGUUUGGACUGGACCAUCGAUCCACGUCUGGCACGGGCGAAGACCGGAGGACGGGUCAGUCUGCAGGGUAACAUGGACCCCUGUGCACUCUACGCCACUAAGGAGCGCAUUUCCGUGAUCGUGAAGACCAUGCUGGAGGCUUUCGGGACCCGAGGCUACAUCGCCAACCUCGGGCACGGCUUGUACCCCGACAUGGACCCGGAGAGCGUGGGCGCCUUCGUGGAGGCCGUGCACACACACUCCCGCCGCCUACUCAACCGCAAAUGAUCAGCGGAACCUUCUGGAGAACCUGGAACGAGCACACGAGAGCCGGAUCACCAGCACUGAGAGAUUAUUUAUUAUAGUAGCGUCCGCCAAUCAUUCCGUACGUACAGAACCGGUCGUUUUGUUUUUACUGGUGCACAGAAGAAAAUAAACUGGUUUGCAUGGUGUUUGUGGUCGAUGAUGAAUGAUUGAUUAUUAGAAAAUAAAAAUUAAAAAUUGAUUAUGAAAA